AUGCCUCCAGAGGCCGAGGGAAGCCCUGGCCCUCUUGACUCCAUCCCAUUGUUGUACUCACUCUGUCAACAUGAUCUCAUGUCUGGCGAGCCGCCUCUUUUCUGCCUCCGGUCGGCUCUCGAUGCAGCUACGUACAGCGCCAUGGCUAAUAAGGCAAAGGUUCCGACUCUGGCGAUCGAGGCGCGACGGAAGUAUGGUCAGGCAUUGAUAGAGCUGAAUAUGGCAUUGAGCAGUGUUGAGGAUGCCAUUCGAACGGAGACAUUGGGCGCGAUCGUCACGCUCAUGAUCUUCGAGGAUAUCAAAAAUGAGCGUAACAAUUUGCUUAGAACCCGUAUCUCGGGUGUGCAGCGUUUGCUGAAAUUGCGCGGUCCAAAUCAGCUUCUAGAUCCCCAAACUCGGUCGCAGUUUCAUUUUGCCUUUACUCAGAUGAUUGAUCUGGACUGGUUGAUGGAAAUGUUCACGAUUCCUCACCCCCUAUACGCCAUGAUGGCCGGCGUGUCCAAGACAGCAGGUUUUGUGUCUCCAAUCUUGUCUAUCCUGAAGUGGCCGGAGUGUGGAAUUACUACCGUGGCGCCAAGGUCAUUUCGCAGCAGAAUCGGAAAGCUCAACUCUCUCGACAGCAGCAGUCUGAGGGACAAAACCGCACCCACUGGCGACUUUAUUGCACUGCAGAGUCCCGAGGAGAUCAUCGGAACAUGGUCACCGAGCGAGACGGGUAUCAAAGCCAUUCGGGAGUUUGCACUCCUAUGGCCAAUAUUCAAUGUCACACAGAAUGGGUUCGCGACCAGAAAGCAAGACCGACUGGCUCGGAAUACUUCGGAUACCGCCUAUCAUAUCUUUUUGACAUGGAUAAUCCAGAGGAUACCUGGAAACGACAAGGCCCAAAUCCCAAUACAAGCAUAUGAACGGUUGCCCCAGCAGCCGCCAUUUCCCCAGAAUCAGAGCGAAGGUCCUCCAGGAACAAUCCCCACCGCCGUCAUGAAAGAUCUCAAGAAGCGCAACAAACCCCGCCUUCUUCUGGGACUUUACGCAAGACCCAGACAUCCCGACAGCUACCAUUACGCCAUACUCAUAACUCCCAAGAUCAGACCGCGGGACAAACUACCCAUCCCAGCAACCAAAUACCACGUCAAAAAUACACUGACGAAUACCGAAGCCGGACUCAGUCAGCCAUGGCGCUUCGAGCGGUCUUCACUCAAGAAUAUCCACGACGACCCCCGCAUACUUGUUGCAGUUGUCGUCGGGAAGGUUUUGUCAGUGGAGAUGGUGGAGGAGGUAUUCUGGCGGACGCCAGUUCACCAGUAUGAUGAUCCGGAUAGGGACAGGGCAUCAGAGUUUGAUUGUCGGACUUGGGUGCGAUCUGCGCUGGAGAGAGUUCGUGGCUCAGGUGGUGUGUCGGGGUUGAUGAAGUGGGAGACGCUUGAAGAGCAGGCAUUGAGAUAUGUCAGGGAGAAAAAGGCCGAGGGGAGAUGGACAGCCGGGGGAGGUAUUGGACGUGGUGAGAUGAGAGUUGCAAUGCUGGAUCUGUUCGCUAAGAGGGAGAUAUAUGUUUAG